UACUUCUCUCGGCUCUCCCUCUAGUCUCUCUCUUGAGUCUCUGACAUACUACAAAACCACACAAAUUCAGACAGAGAGCGCAAACGUCAAAUGCCCAAACGAAUUCCUCAUUUACCUACGACGAUAUUCAGCUCCGUCUCAUUCUCACCCCCCUCUUGUUAAUGGAGGAUUUCAUUUCCCAGCAUCAUCCCGUGAGCUCACUCUCUCCUUCUGAGCUCCUUCUUCGCAGCUCAACUGCAGAUGGCCGUUCAAUUCAUGGUCCUCACAACUCAAUGACCUCCAAUUUCGACGCUACCGACCAUUCAUCAGCUGGAUCGAUCUCCGCCAGAUACAAGCUCAUGUCGCCGGCGAAGCUCCCGAUUUCUCGGUCCCCUUGCCUCAUGAUCCCACCUGGUCUUAGUCCGAGUUCGUUUCUUGAAUCCCCUGUUUUGCUCUCCAAUAUCAAGGUAGAGCCUUCUCCAACUACAGGUUCUUUUUUCAAUCCUCAAUUCAUGCAUUUCUCCAGUGGUGCCUCUGGUUUAUCAUUAGUUUCAAAUACCUCAGACUGCAAUCCUGUCAGUGAAAGAGAAGUCAGCCAUUUUCGGUUUAUGCCCCCUGCUCAGAGUAAUCAACAUAUCGGAUUAUCAUCUGCUUCUCCUUUGUUACCCACAGAAGUAAACCACCAGGAAAGUGAAGUACGUGGACAAGAUCAAGCGCAUCCUCAGUCUCAGUCUCAGUCAUCUGCACAACUUUCCUCCAUCAAAACUGAGAUGGAAGCCUUGCAUAGAGAUCCUGUUCCAAUAUUUGCUGAAAGAUCCAGUGUAUCUGCUGCUGUUGAUUCUGAUGAACUGAACCAGGGAAUGGUAACAAAUCCUGGAGGCCAGUUGUCGCAAUCCGAUCAAAAUGAUGCUGGAAUUUCCGUUGCUGAUAAAUCAUCUGAUGAUGGAUAUAACUGGCGUAAAUAUGGCCAGAAACUCGUGAAAGGAUGUGAGUUUCCAAGAAGCUACUAUAAAUGUACACAUCCAAAUUGUGAGGUCAAGAAGAUCUUUGAAAGAACUCCUGAAGGACAGAUAAAAGAGAUCGUAUACAAGGGUACCCAUGAUCACCCUAAACCUCCCCCAACUCGUAGAUUUGGUUCUGGUUCCAUUGUUUCCAUGCCAGACAAAAAUGAAACUAGUUUGUCUUCAACCAUACGAGAAGCCGAGUCAAACGGUAAUCCUGAGCUAUCGCCAGAUGGAGCAAAUGAUUACAGUCUGGAGGGUGUCCAAUAUAACAACGAUGAAUUUGAUGAUGAUGAUCCAUUUUCUAAGCGAAGAAAGAUGGAAGUUGGCAGUUUUGACGUCACACCAGUGGUUAAGCCUAUACGUGAACCACGAGUUGUUGUGCAAACUAUAAGCGAGGUUGACAUACUGGAUGAUGGGUAUCGAUGGCGUAAAUAUGGGCAGAAAGUAGUAAGAGGCAAUCCUAAUCCAAGGAGUUAUUACAAGUGCACAAAUGCAGGGUGCCCUGUGAGAAAACAUGUAGAGAGGGCAUCCCAUGACCCUAAAGCAGUUAUAACUACAUAUGAAGGGAAACACAACCAUGAUGUUCCCACUGCAAAGAACAGUAGUCGUGAUUCCACAGGAUUUAUGUCUUCCAAUAUUGUACCUAGAAUAAGGUCCGAGGAAAACGAUGCAGUCAGCUUAGGUCUUGGGGUUGGGAUUAGAACAGAAGAUAGGUCACACGAACAACAACAUGCACUUACUCAUGUUGAAUCUUACAGAACCCAACAACCCAACAACCGCCAAUCAAAUUUUGAUUUAGUACAAAUAACCCCUGUCCCAGCUUACUAUGAUGUGGUAAACAAUGGAGGCCAGUAUGGAUCUAGACAAAACAUUCAGAAUACUCCACAAGUGAUCAAUGGAUCUAGUUCGUAUCCUCAGAGCUUAGAAAGAAUUAUUUCGGGCCCUUAAUUAUCGAAAAUCUGUACAAAAAUGUUGUAAUACAGGAGAGAGUAAAAUGUAAUUCAGUUAAUGCUUGUGAUUUCUUGAAUAAUAUGUGUUACUAAUGGAAAUAGUUAUGAAACACAACCCAACUGUAUGACACAAAAAAGAAAAGACUCUUUUAGUGUUAUGGAACAGAUUCCUUAUAUUCAAGUCAA